AUCAAAUGAAGCUGUUUGGAAACAUUUCCAGGCAGCUGUGUAGCUUCAAGAAAUCUCCAUCAUCAUGUGACUCCAGAUACUUCUGGACCUGGUUGAAUACGGUGUUUAAUAAAGUGGAUCAUGAGCGCAUCAAGGAGGUUGGUCCCGAUAGGGCAGCAUCUGAGUGGCUGCUGCGCUGUGGGGCCAUGGUGCGCUACCAUGGCCAAGAGAGGUGGCAGAAGAACUACAACAGCCUCCCAACAGGCCCACUGGACAAGUACAAGAUUCAGGCUAUUGAUGCCACUGACUCUUGUAUAAUGGGCAUUGGCUUCGAACACCUGGAGGGCGUCCAGCAUAUUGAAAAAAUAAGGUUAUGCAAAUGUCAUUAUGUUGAAGAUAACUGUUUGGAGAGACUUAGCCAAUUCAAAAAUCUACAAAAAAGUAUUUUGGAAAUGGAAAUAAUUUCGUGUGGGAAUGUCACAGACAAAGGCAUCAUUGCUCUGCAUCAUCUAAGAAAUCUCAAGUAUUUGUUGUUAAGUGAUCUUCCUGGAAUAAGAGAAAAAGAAAAUCUUGUCCAAGCCUUUAAGACAUCAUUGCCUUCUCUGGAACUUCAAUUAGACUUGAAGUAAAAAUAUAAGACUCAAUGAGUGUCUUCUUUCAAUAGAAAGUAUCAUUGGAAACUUUGAUCCUAAACAGUAGCAAAUCCAUCAUUAUCACUUAAACUAUAAGGAUAUUCUAUGUGACCUUUUAGAAGCAGAUUAUCAUAUGUAGAAAACAAAUAUUCAAUGUGAUUCAUUAAAGAUACUAAGUUGGAAGUGAUAAUUUAUGUACAUUUAAUUAUUUGAAAAAUAUGCAAACCAAGUAGAUUUUUUUUCUCUUUAUUGUUUAGCAUUUUA